ACUGGACGAUUUGGAGGGACAGCUGAUUUGCUUUUAAAAGCUGCCAGCAGCAUGUUUUUGGGCACUCCCCAUUGUGGCCUGAUCCUGACACAGAAUCUGCAGGGAAGGGACCACAUGCAGUGGUCACAAGAAGAAGAGCAGAAUGCCAAGGAAAAAGCAGCAGAGAACUCACUUGUCAAAGUCCAGUGGGAAGACCAAGAUAAAUAUGAGAGAGAAGCCAGUAAAUAUUGGAAUGAAUUUUACAAGACUCAUAAAAAUAACUUUUUCAAGGAUCGCAAUUGGCUCUUUCUGGAGUUUCCAGAAAUUCUUCCAGAAAAAAGGAGAGAAGAGUUGAAAACACAAGAAAGAUCUUCAGAACACACAAAAAUAAAUAGUACCAACAGUUUUACACACAGAAAUGAAAUGUUUGAGCAAGGAGAAAACUAUUGGAAGAAAAAUGGUUCUACUUCUGUACAAGGAUAUGUAUAUAAUAAAAACCAAGCAAAAUCUCUUACUGACAACCCUCGGGGUAAAAACUGUGGAGAAGAACUCAGCAGGCUAGAAUCUUUCCCUGGUAGUGAUGCCACUUACAGAAUAUUAGAGGUUGGUUGUGGAGCUGGUAACAGUGUCUUUCCUAUUUUGAAAGUUCUAUGCAAUACACCUGGAACCUUUCUAUACUGUUGUGAUUUUGCUUCAGGAGCAGUGGAGCUGGUAAAGUCACAUUCGUCCUACAAUUCAGCCUGGUGUUCUGCCUUUGUUCAUGAUGUGUGUGAUGAUGCUUUACCCUAUCCUUUUCCAGAUGAGAUCCUGGAUGUCAUUCUCCUUGUCUUUGUGCUCUCUACUAUUCAUCCUGACAGGAUGCAAGGGGUUGUAAAUAGGUUGGCGAAACUACUGAAACCUGGAGGAAUGUUGUUAUUUCGAGAUUAUGGAAGAUAUGAUACAGCUCAACUUCGUUUUAAAAAAGGUCAUUGCUUGUCAGAAAAUUUUUAUGUGCGAGGAGAUGGAACCAGAGUGUAUUUCUUUACCAAAGAUGAGGUAUGGAACAUGUUCAACUUGGCUGGAUUGACUGAAGUACAGAAUUUAGUUGAUCGGCGAUUACAAGUAAACAGGAAGAAAAAAGUGAAAAUGCAGCGAGUUUGGAUACAAAGCAAGUUCCAGAAACCAUUGCUGCUAUCUCUAAAUAGCCCUGAAGAAACCACCAAAAGGCAUCCUUAUAGAUGA